CACGGUCUUGAGGAUAUAUACUAUAUAUAUACCCCACCUGUAAGGUUCGUUAAAGUAAAGUUUUUCUUCCUUACUCACUGGCACAGGAAGAAGUAUGGCGGAUUCACAGAGUCAAUUCUUAUUGAGCUCAUACUUUAUGUUAGCUUUCAUAUUUAUAUCUCACUGCAAAGCUUCUUCUCUACAGCCACAAAUAGGCAACCCGCGAGAAGCACCUCUUACGCAGACAAGGGAAUCAGAGAAAUUGGAGAGCUGUUCAUACACAGUGCAGAUAAAGACGAGCUGCUCUGCUUUCGCAGGGACAGACGACAGAAUUAGUAUUGCAUUUGGGGAUGCGUUUGGAAACCAGGUGUACGUAGCGAGGCUCGAUGACCCGACUACUGACACCUUUGAGAGAUGUUCCACAGAUUCCUUCACAAUUUUGGGCCCCUGCGUCUACAAGGUGUGUUAUUUGUACCUGAUGCGCGUUGGAUCUGAUGCAUGGAAGCCAGAGUGGGUUAGAGUCUAUUAUGGUCGUAGUCAAUCUGUUAGCUUCAUUUAUGAUAUGUUUAUUCCUGAUAAUAUUUGGUAUGGAUUUGAUCUCUGUAAUACUGUAGCCCAACAGUCUGCUCUCAGUAUGUAAGAUCUGGUUGGAUAUUUAAGGUUUUGGGGGUUUCUUGGAAAAUUAUGGGGUAUCAGAAGUUUUGUUUGGGUGAUAAAUGAAGUAUCAUGUUCUGUUAGGGUUUGAACUUGAUCUGGAACGAAGGAAUUUUUUGUUCCGUUUCUUUGUCUUUUUAAUGUUUCAGUAAUUAAUUUGGUCAAAACCCCUGAUUUCUCAAA